AAAUGAAGCAUUUCAAGACGUUUGAAUGAAAAUGAAGAGGCACGCGUUUUUUUUUUCCCCUCAGCUUGCUUCAAAUGCAAGGGCUUGCGGUUAUGUAUGCAAGUGUGAUGAGGUUUAUGAUUUGUGUCAAAUUUGUAGGUGGAUCGGAAAGGGACAUAAACAUUUGUCGGGCUGGGCAGCUGACACGGGGUUCGUGUGUUGAUGGACGCAGCUAUGUUCUGCAGUCUUUAUCACAACGUGGGUAUUGAAUGCUGUUUUUAUGCUUAAAAGCUGACAGUAGUUUGCAUGUGGGCGUGCUCUAUAAAAAAAAAAAAGAAAAAGAGUAUUUUUUAUUUUUAAAUGUUUUAUUAUCAUUCCAGCUUCAUUAAUUGAUUUACAUCGAGUUUUUAUUUGGAAUUUAUUUUAAAUAGCAAUGCAGUUUUUAAUUGCAAGCGAAAGUUUUAACGCGUUGGUAAUACAAAUCCAUUUUUUCCAAUCUUUUUGAUUCAGGUGUCGUUUUGGAUUGUAAGAUUUUGUUUUUUUUUCCUAACUGAGUUGUACGUUGCUGGACACGGUACACAUCAUACCAACCGCUAGACUGUUUUUAUCAUUAUUUUAUUGAUACAAAACUACACAGUGAAGAUGAAGCGAUGUAAAUCGGACGAUUUGCCCCCCGACGAGGAGGGCGGUAGAACGGGCUUGAGUGCAGUUUGUGAAGAUGCCCCAAGCGUCCUAAUUGUGGAGGUAAAACACGGAGAUACCCCCGAUUCCAGCAGUGCGGCUAGUACCGCAAGCACUCACGCCACAGCCCGCAGCAAACCUCCGGACUUAAAGAAAAUCCAGCAGCUGUCGGAGGGCUCCGUGUUCGGACACGGGCUGAAGCACCUGUUCCACAGCCGGCGGCGGUCCAGGGAGCGUGAGCAGCACAGCUCCCCGGACUCUGCCCUGGCCCCACAGCUCAGCGUGGGAUACCCUGCCGGGGCAUCAGGGGGGCUGGGGGGCCACUCGGACCACGACUCUGCGGACGAGAAGGAGAGAUCCCCGGAGAUGCAGCGAGUGUCGUACGCCGUGUCCCUCCAGGACCUGCCCGCCCGCCCCACCGCCUUCAACAGGGUGCUGCAGCAGAUCCGCGCCCGGCCCUCCAUCAAGAGGGGUAGCAGCCUGCACAGCAGCAGCAGGCGCACCAAGAGCGGCCCCGCCUCGGAGGCAGUGAAGAGCAGCAGCCCCCAUCUGGGCAGGAAGGGCCCCCAGGACUGCUCGCUGACCGCCCUGCUGCACCAGGGCAGACCCCGCUCGUCCUCCACCACAGACACCUCGCUGCUGGCCGGAGAGCCCACCCUGCACUGGACCCUCGAGGAGCCGGAACGCGUCACGGACAAGCUGGAGAAGGGGGAGGUGAGCACCCUGGGGCUGCCCCCGAACACGAGCCACGCUGGCUCGGACGGCAACAUCAGCCUGGACGUGCCCGAGGCGCCCGACCCGCAGCGCACCAAGGCAGCCAUCGAGCACCUGCAGCAGAAGAUCCUGAAGAUCACGGAGCAGAUCCGCAUCGAGCAGGAGGCUCGCGACGAGAACGUGGCCGAGUACCUGAAGCUCGCGCACAACGCCGACAAGCAGCAAGCCUCCCGCAUCAAGCAGGUCUUUGAGAAAAAGAACCAGAAGUCCGCCCAGACCAUCUCCCACCUGCACAAGAAGCUCGAGCACUACCACAGGAAGCUAAAGGAGAUCGAGCAGAAUGGGCCCACGCGGCAGCCCAAGGACGUGCUGCGGGACAUGCAGCAGGGCCUGAAGGGCGUGGGGGCCAACGUGCGAGCAGGAAUCAGCGGCUUCGGAGGGGGGGUGGUGGAGGGGGUGAAGGGGGGCGUGUCCGCACUCUCCCACACCGCCGUGGUUUCCAAGCCACGCGAGUUUGCCAGCCUCAUUCGCAACAAGUUCGGCAGCGCGGACAACAUCGCCCACCUGAAGGACACGCUGGAGGACCCGCACCCGGAGGACAGCCAGCGUCCGUUCAGCGGCAGCGCCACCCUCGUCUCCAGCCCCAAGUACGGCAGCGACGACGACUGCUCCAGCGCAACCUCGGGAUCGCCCGCCGGCAGCAACUCCGGGGCUGGGGGGCCCGGGCUCGGGCCAGGGCCAGGGCCAGGCAUGGGCAGCCCCAAGUCCAACACGCUGGACAGCCACCACCACCACCACCACAAUAGCCUGGACACCCUGCUGGAGGAGCUGCGCGAGAUCAAGGACAACCAGGGGCACCUGGAGGACUCCAUGGAGGAUCUGAAGACACAGCUGCAGAGGGAUUACUCCUACAUGACCCAGUGCCUGCAGGAGGAGCGCUACAGGUACGAGCGAUUGGAGGAACAGCUGAACGACCUGACAGAGCUCCACCAGAAUGAGAUGACCAACCUGAAGCAGGAGCUGGCCAGCAUGGAGGAGAAGGUGGCUUACCAGUCCUAUGAGCGCGCCCGCGACAUACAGGAGGCGGUGGAGUCCUGCCUGACCCGCGUCACAAAGCUGGAGCUCCAGCAGCAGCAGCAGCAGGUGGUUCAGCUGGAGGGGGUGGAGAACGCCAACGCGCGGGCGCUGCUGGGCAAAUUCAUCAACGUCAUCCUGGCGCUCAUGGCCGUGCUGCUGGUCUUCGUCUCCACGCUGGCCAACUUCAUCACGCCGCUCAUGAAGACGCGAAUGCGGGUCUUCGGCAGCGUCUUCCUGGCCCUCUUCCUUAUCUUCCUGUGGAAGCACUGGGAUAGCGUGGUGUACGUCUUUGAACCCUGGCUGCUGUCCAGCUGAGAGCCCACCGGAACGGGUCACAUCACUGCUGCUCCGUGCCGGAGGUUAUUCCUUUAUAUAUAUAUAAUUUGCGCCCGCGAGCGCAUUGGCAUACUGUUCCUGAGUUCUGUGGUGGGUUUUUUUCAGUUGUUUUGGAGGGGGUUAGGGUUUGUCCACCGUUAAGCCACAGUUUUUUGUUUUCCUUUUUUUUUUUUUUGGUCCCAUUUCAGCUGUCUGAAAGAGGCAGGAAUAAAUAAUUACUCCCCUUCCGAGGAUGGGACUGGAAAACGAGAGUCAGGCUUGAAACGGCUAGCUGGACGGCCUCCCUCUGCCGUGUCACACUGUUGGCCCAACCACAAGCAAACACAAGGAAGCUACGUUUAGAAUGACAAGUGCUGUUUUUAGUUUUUUUGUUUUCUAACCAUUUUUUAACAACUACUUGCGUUUCAUAUUUUGGGCUCCAGUUUUGCGAGGCCUGUGCGCAUGGGAAGAGAACAGGGGAGCAGAAAAGGACAUUGUGAAGGAGGUGAUCGAACAGGGGAUCAGAGAUCCUUGAGAACUGAGGUGCUGCCAACACCACUAAGGAAAACGAAUUCAGCAGCCAGCCGAAUGUCGGUAGCCACUUCAGUAAUUCUAAUGAGUGACACCUGCUAACUGCACUGCGGCAAUGAGCUACUGAUUCAAAAAACCUUAUGAAAAGAAAAGAAAAGCUGAACAAAACACACAACGCUUUUUAAACUUUGUGAAGAUUCAGUUCUAGACCAUGUGUAGAUUUCGGACUAUUGAGGUCGCUGUGGGACACUAGCCAUGAGGGUGGGCUACUUAAAAUUAGAGGUCACUCCAAACUGUAGCCCAGCCUGGACACAAACCGUCUUACUUCAAUGGCAAGUAUUGUACUCGCAGUGUCCCGUGUGUAAUGUACUAUAGAUUAUUUGUUAGAUUUUUUUGAAAAGCGUGUCUUGACCUCUGUUUAUUCCUCCUCACUAGGAAUUCACACUUUUUUGUUACGUUUGUUACAUAUUUUAAAUGUGUGUAUUUAUUUAUUUAUUUAUUCACUAUCUUUUUUGUUUGCGUUAGGUGUAACAGCCAACACAACAUUAAUGAAAUGCUUUUAUUUUUUUAGUUUUCUUCUAAAAGAAGUGGUGCAAAUUGGUUAUUAGUGUGCUCUUUGUUCUGUGUUCUGUGUUCUGUGUUCUGCGUUCUGUGUUCUGCGUUCUGCGUUCCAGGGCAGUGACGCAGCUCCCAGCUUCUUCAGCUCCAGUGCUGAACUGCAGGCUGGCUCUAAUGGUUGUCUGCUCUCUAAGAGAGCUGUCUGAAACUACGAAACUGUGAGGCCAGGAGUGACGUUUCCAAUACAGUAACAUCAAGUCCUCUGCUACUAUGAUUUACUACUGUUGAACCUUUCCAGGCUGUUCCUAAACCAAGCAGUCUGUCUGCCUGUCUGUCUGUCUGUCUGAGUGCUUCUGUAGGACUCAUUCAUGGAUCACAUACCCCCUUGUGGUAGUCCAGUAGUCUCCGUGAAGAGUAAAAGUGGCUGCCACGCUCCCUGGAAUAAUCUUAUGUUUGUGGAGCUACCACCAGGGGGCCACUUCAUCUUUGAGCAGACUUGGCCCGGAAUAUUGAGUUUCAAUCUGCCUUGUUUUCCAGUGCGCGUAAACAGACCUCGGGUCUGCCAGUGUUUUAGACAGUCUGUGAUUAGUAUUCUGUGCACAUCAGGCAAAGACACAAGCUCUCUGUGCAUGGCUGUGUGUGUGUGUGUGUGUGUGUGCGUGUGUGUGUGUGUGUGUGUUUGUGUUUGUGUUUGUGUGUGUGUGUGUGUGUGUAUGUAUGUGUUUGUAUGUGCUUGUUAGAACAGUGCUUGUUUAGACCAGGGUUUGGCUUAUGGAAACGCAUGGUCUGCUCUGCAAGAGCCAUCUAACACCGGAAUUCAUUCGGAGGGCAGGCACAGUGCCACUAAACUACCACAAGAGGGCGGUGUUCCACGACAUAUGAGCCUGACGUGGGCCGAGCGUGGUCAAUGUGAAGGAAUCACAGUACUGUAACUGCCCUGUGGGUCAGUCAACAGAGUAGCCUGGUAACCUGGCAUCACCAGUGUUUCACACUCGUAUUUAAGUCAGCUCGUUUUGCCCAAGGUUGGUUGGUUGUGUAAAUGUUUUGAGAAAUGUAUAUAUUAGCGGAACAUGGCUGAAGAACCUUGUUAUGUAUAGUUAAGACGGAAGGUCUUUUUUUGGUCCAUGCUGUACCUGGCAUGGAAGAUGGUGAUACUGUAUUCUGCACACAUGUCUUGUCUUUUCAAUGACCAGCACAGCCUGACAAAGUAUCAUAUCUGUGGUCUGUUCAGCACUCAUACCUCCCUGACCCCCUGACAAGUGUCCUGUAUGAGUUUUGUCUUUUGAAAGUUAUAAGCCCUUAACGGGGGAAUCACAUUGGGCUACCAGGUAUAUUUCUUGACUGACCACAAGAGGGCAGACCUGUCUGUCAAUCUCUGGUAUUUAAAGCAUUGUGUUUUGGAAAGGUAUUUUCUCCUAUUAAAAUACAAACUAAACUAGCAAACGCAGUGAAGGAAACAUGUGAAGCACUGAUCGUCCAAAUCUGUCAGCAACACACUCCUAACAGGGCUGUUCUGCAGCCCGUGCCUCGCUUUGCCUGCUUUCAGAAGCUGCAAGGAAUCGCAAACCUGCCCAGGAUAGAAAGAGUGAAACAUUGUUUUAAAAUCACUGCAAACUUUUGCAACCCUGAAGGGCAGUAUUUGCAAUGUCAAGGUGUCUAAAAGGUUAAAUCUGCAAUUAAACAAUGGUAUUGUUUGAAGACAGCUGAAUGUAUUUUCAAAGAACUGAAAAGAAACCGUUAGAAAGAAAUCUAAACUGUGUGAUGGAUGGCUGUUAGGGCGCUGGGAUGUUUUAUUUUGUGUACAUAAAGAAGGACAUGGUACUGUAUUGUUUGUGUUAUAAAACACUGCCCUCUGCUGGGUGUUCUGUUAAAUCACUUGCAUUCUGCUUUAAGACAAGUGAUGUGUGGUCUUAACUGUGUUUGGGGUUUGAAGGAAAUGUGGUUCAAAUUGAAAGUGGCACUUUAUUCUUUAUCUCUUUUUUUUCCUUUUUUAAUAAUAAAAACACUUUAUUUGA